AAGGCGGCCAUAGGCGUGCGUGGAGGACCAGUCCUACGGAGUCGUGGGGCGAUCCCGGCGUCGUGAUGGUUUCGCGUGUUCAGCUCCCUCCAGAGAUCCAGCUGGCGCAGCGCCUUGCGGGGAACGAGCAGGUCACCCGGGACCGAGCUGUGAGGAAGCUGCGGAAGUACAUCAUGGCCAGGAGUCAGGCGGCUGCAGGCGGGUUCACGCACGAUGAGCUGCUGAAGGUGUGGAAGGGGCUGUUCUAUUGCUUAUGGAUGCAGGACAAGCCGCUCUGCCAGGAAGAACUGGGAAGGACCAUCGCCCAGCUCAUUCACGCCUUCCAGACGCCCGAGGCCCAGCACCUGUUCCUGCAGACCUUCUGGCAAACCAUGAGCCGCGAGUGGUUGGGCAUCGACCGGCUACGCCUGGACAAGUUCUACAUGCUCAUGCGGAUGGUCCUGAACGAGUCGCUGGAGGCGGUGAGAGCGCGAGGAUGGGACGAGAGACACAUCAAGCAGUUGCUUGACCUGCUGACCACCGAGAUCCUGCACCCGGACAGUCAGGCCCCCAACGGCGUGAAGAACCACUUCGUUGAGAUCUUCCUGGAGGAGCUGACCAAAGUGGGCGCCAAGGAGCUCACGGCGGCACAGACGCUCCUGUUUGUCGAGCCCUUCUGUGGGAUCGCCGCCUCCACCAAGGAUUCCCUGGUGCUGCAUAACAUCACUCGAGGCGUCUUUGAGACGAUUGUGGAGCAGGCGCCUCUUGCCAUUGAAGAGCUCGUGAAGGACCUGGACACGCAGGAGGAGGAGGAGGACGGGGAGGACGGGGAGGAGGAUGCGUCAGAUGGGGGUGAGGACACCGGGGAUGGCGAAGGCCCUGUGCUCCAGUUUGACUAUGAGGCCGUGGCGAACAGGCUGUUUGAAGUGGCCAGCCAACCUGGCACCCCUUCUCUGAACAGGAAGCGUCUCUACAAGGUGAUCCGGAAGUUGCAGGACCUGGCUGGAGGUGUCUUCCCGGAGGACGACAUUCCAGAGGAGGCCUGCAGGAAGCUGCUGGAGAGCAAGCGAGAGAGGAAGAUAAAGAAGAUGAUGAGGAAGAAGAUGAGGAAGAAGCAGAAACGGCCCCCGUCUCGGUCCUCAGCGCUGCCACAAGAAGGGGAGGGUGAACCAGCUGCAGACCCAGAACUGAGGAAGAGGAGCAGGAGGAGGGGCAGGGGGGCCGGUCCCUUGGCAUGCAGCGGAGAGCAGCCCACCAGCCGGCGGCAAAGAGACAGCAGUGCCCGCAAGAGGAAGCCACGGCCUCAGCCCCCAUCUGGCACCCCAGCUAAGGGGGCAGCCGUCCAGGAGCCCAGGAGGAAGAAGCAGCGGACACUGGCAGGCGGGAAGUGAGGCCAGGCUGCCGGGUCCACAUAGACUGAGUGCCCAGGGUCCCGAGCUGCUGGGCAGCAGGGGGCGGCCAAGGUCAGAGCUCCAAGUCAGGUCACCUGCUGGCGAGGCAGCAUGGGAUGGGGCGGGGCUGGCCACUUUCACCAGCCUGCAGCUCAUUGUGGCCGCUCCCCACGUGUCACCAUGAUGGACGUGGCCAUCUGACCCGGAGGCAACCCUGCGCUGACCCCCCAGGCCAUCCCUGCUGCCCACUCUGGCUCAAACACGCUUACAGAGCUGCCACCCUGUGCUGUCCUGCUCACUCCCAGGCGCCCUCGGGUCCG